UCGACGAGGAGGCGGCAAAGGCGACUCUGGCGUUGGCGGUAGCCUUAGGACCACUGAGGGCUUCAGGUGGCGGGAACCGCGGUCAUGGACCACAUCACGGUGCCCAAGGUAGAAAACGUGAAAUUACUGGAUCAUUAUGUGGAUAAGAAACCAGCUAAUGGGAUUCUAUAUCUUACUGCAACUCACCUGAUCUAUGUGGAGGCUUCUGGUGCAGCUCGGAAAGAAACAUGGAUUGCAAUUCAUCACAUUGCCACUGUGGAGAAGUUGCCUGUCACUGGCCUGGGUUGUCCCCUGAUUCUCCGCUGCAAGAACUUUCGGGUGGCCCACUUUGUUUUAGACUCUGAUGUUGUAUGCCAUGAGGUUUAUAUUUCGCUGCUCAAGCUUUCACAGCCAGCGUUACCUGAAGAUCUGUAUGCUUUUUCUUAUAAUCCCAAAUCUUCAAAAGAGAUGAGGGACUUUGGUUGGAAACUCAUUGACCCAAUAUCAGACUUUCAACGUAUGGGACUACCCAACAGGUACUGGACCAUAACAGAUGCCAACAGAAACUAUGAGAUAUGCAGUACCUACCCUCCUGAAAUAGUGGUUCCUAAAUCUGUUACCUUGGGAACAGUGGUUGGAAGUUCAAAGUUCAGAAGUAAAGAACGGGUACCUGUGCUCUCCUACCUCUACAGAGAGAACAAUGUUGCCAUUUGCCGCUGUAGCCAGCCUCUGUCUGGAUUUUAUUCCCGCUGCAUGGAUGAUGAGCUCUUGCUAGAGGCCAUUAGCCAAACGAACCCGGGGAACCAGUUUAUGUAUGUUGUAGACACAAGACCAAAGUUGAACGCCAUGGCCAACCGAGCAGCUGGGAAGGGGUAUGAAAAUGAAGACAACUAUGCUAACAUUCGCUUCAGGUUCAUGGCCAUUGAGAAUAUCCAUGUGAUGCGGAGCAGCCUGCAGAAACUCUUGGAAGUUUGUGAAUUGAAAACUCCAACAAUGAGUGAAUUUCUUAGCGGCCUGGAGAGCUCAGGGUGGUUGAGACACAUUAAAGCUAUUAUGGAUGCUGGAAUUUUCAUUGCAAAGGCGGUGAAGGUAGAAAAGGCCAAUGUCUUAGUCCACUGUUCUGAUGGGUGGGAUCGCACAGCACAAGUCUGCUCUGUGGCCAGCAUCCUCCUAGAUCCAUUUUAUAGGACAUUCAAAGGUCUCAUGAUCCUGAUAGAGAAGGAAUGGAUAUCCAUGGGCCACAAGUUCUCCCAAAGGUGUGGCCAUCUGGAUGGGGACUCCAAAGAAGUGUCCCCUGUCUUCACCCAGUUCCUAGACUGUAUCUGGCAAUUAAUGGAACAAUUUCCCUGUGCCUUUGAGUUUAAUGAAAUCUUCCUGCUGGAGAUCCAUGACCAUGUCUUUUCCUGCCAGUUUGGGAACUUCCUUGGAAACUGCCAGAAGGAUCGGGAAGAUCUGAGUUCAAGGUUCUGGUGUGGGAUGUAUAACCGCUUUGACAAAGGGCUGCAUCCCAAGCAGAGUAUGCUUGAGAGCCUCUUGGAAAUUAAGAAGCAGAGAACAAUGCUGGAGGCAGAUGUGCACAAACUAGAAAAGAAAUUGAAAGCCCAUGAUGAGCCAACAGAAGAAGUCUGUACCUGCUCUCAAUUAGGGAAUUUAUUGUCUCAGCAUCUGGAAAGUCCUUUGACCAAUCCUCUCGGCUUUAUGGGUAUUGAUGGAGACCUCAAUACCUUGAUGGAGAAUGGCACCCUGUCCAGGGAAGGAGGCCUCCGAGCUCAGAUGGAUCAAGUAAAAAGCGAGUGUGCAGACCAUCACCAUGACUCUUGUAGUAUCAUGGAUAGCUUUAGGGCCAUAAACAUUUCUGAAAAUGUAGGCACAGGUAUCUCUGGAGACACAGGUAUCUCUGAGGCCAGGGGCAUCUCUGGCAACACAGGCAUCUCUGGCAACACAGGCAUCUCUGAGACAAUGGGCUCCUCUGAAAACAUCAGCAUAUCUGGAGUUAUGGGCACCUCUGGGGAAACGGACAUCUCGGGGAACACAAGUAUUUCAAAGGCUAGCACCAUGGAGGCAGGCAGCUCCAAGCAACAGUGAGCUACUCAUCUGCUUCCACUCUAGAUGUACUUGCACCACUCACAAUGAUUCUUGUCCUAAAGAAGGCUAUGCUGAUUUUCCAAUUGGUUUAAAUGGGUAAGGCCAGGGCACCCCUCCUCCCACUUAAGAAAGAGGUGCCUUUUAAUUUAAGUGUUAGAAGUAGCAGAGAAGAGCCAGGAUAGCGCCUUGAUUUCUCACCCAUAGCUAAACGAUGGACCCAAAAACAACCUUCCUCUUUAGAGGAAGAACAAUAAAUCAUUUUGGUUGUCUUUUUUUCAUAUGUAAAUAGGAGUCACUUUUUUUAUUUAUCUCCUCUUGGAAGCUGUUUUAAUUCUGUGUUUUUGAAGAACUAACUCAUUUGAGUCUUUUCAAUUUAUAAAUAGGAACCAUUUUUUAAAUUUACAUUUUCUUGAUAGUUGCCUUGUUCCUGUCAUUUUAAAGCAAUAAGGUGAUUUUCUAUUGUAUCUUCUCUGAUCCCCCUCCUUCCACAAUUUGGUCCUUGACUUACAUAACCUUAAUCAUCAACAAAAAACAAAAAAUUUAAAAAGACUAUCUUAUUUUGUCGAGUGUCUAAGGUCAUGGAAUCAAUUUCAGCCUAAAGAUCUAUGAGGUCAAUUUAUUUGGUAUUUUUUUCAUUUUAUUUCCCUACAUGUUCCAUUACUACCUCCUUGUUUUACAGUUGUAUUUAAAAACCUGAGAGAGGAAAAAAGUUCAGUGGGAUCCAAAUAUUUAUGCACUGCUAAAAACCCAGUAGAUAUCUGUAGUCAGGAGCCUCGUGACAGAGAGGAAACACCUGAAGGAGACUUGCUGGGUAUACUAGAAAAAAUGAUCUGUUAAUGGCUUUCAUUUCAUACCCUCAUAUAGCACCUACACUGUGAAAGAAAUGUGAUUCCUUCCCCCACUGUCCUACCCUUCCAGUUCCCUGAGCAGAAAUUCCAUUCUAAUGUGACUGCCCCACUUAAAUAGGAAGGCAUUUAACCACCUGCCACUCUCUCAUCCACUAAACUGACCUCUGCCUGUUUCCUACCCAAGUUUCACAGGCCUGGGAUCACUGCGUAUCUUUUCUAAGCACGAGACAGGCUCUGUGCCUGUGCUUGUGGCCAUGAGGGUAGGAGAGAUUCUACAUAGACACCUUUUAAAAAAAUAAUUAUUUAAUUAGUUUAUAUAAUGACAGAUUCAGAUUCCUCAUUGUAAUAGAUAAACACAAUCCUAAAUAACAACACUAAGUUACAGCUAAUAGUCUGACUUUUCAAAGAAGAAAUUCAGGGAUAGGGUUUGCUGUAUGAAAGAAAACCUGAAACUCUAUUUGGAAUUAACAGGGCAAGAACAAAAACCUUAUGAUGCAUGUAUUAGGCCAUAUAUCUUUGGAAAGUCAUCCUAGAAAUUGUGUUCAAUUCCUACCAAGUUAGUUAUUGCCUGUCAACAUGAAUGGGCGCCUUUUGUCAGAGACACACCUCACAGUUCACUGAAAGUAAGAUCUUUCCCUGAACACUUAAUCCAAGGCUUUUUAAGAGGUGCUUUUCAAACCAAAUUGGUAAAUAUUUAAGCUUAGCCUGAAUUUAGCAGAAAGAGACGUCUAAUCACUACGUCAGAUCUUUGUUACUUACUGGCUUUUAUGAAACACAACACCUUCUUGACACUGUUAAGCUUUGAUAUACAUACCACUUGGAAAUCUUUCUGUGAGAAUAUUUUAUAAAGUGGCCUUUUUUCAAACAGUUGUGUAGGGAAAUGUCAAUUACCUUUAAGAAAAAUAGUUCUCCCAAGAGGUAUACUAUACUUCAGAUCGGUUUAUACUUAGGAAGAUUGUUCUCACUUCCUCUCUUCAUUCCCUAUGUGUUGGUUUGGUGAUAUCUGUUGUAACAAAUCUUUCCCCCACUCCCAGGCUUUUGCCUCCCAGAAUUCUAUGUAUGAUACAGACACAUAUGAUUCCAGCCAAAUCUGGUUGCUUUCUUCUAAGGGCCAAAUCUAGACUUCACUUUUGAUAUAGACAUUUAAAAACAAACAAAACGUAGACAUGGAUUAAGCCUUAAAGUUUUUCCUAUGGGCUUAUUUUAUACAGAUAGAUAGAUAGAUAGAUAGACAGACAGACAGAUAGAUAGAUAGAUAAUGUGAAAAAAUGGCUUGCUGUUGGGUGACACCAAAUAGACAAAGGACAAGGGAAAAGAUUUGGGGUUGUAAAGGACUCUUAGUUUGUUGUUCUUUUAUAGACAGUUCUGUUUUCAAAGCAUUUGAUGGUAGCAUAGAAGCUUUUCCAAAGCAAAAAAAAAAAAAAGUAAUUUCAAGCCAUACAGAAUAUGUCUUCUCUGAUUCCCUGGCUGUGAAACCAACUUCUGUGCCUUCCCUUAAAUAGGAAGUAUUGGUUUUGUGCAGUCCACAACAUUUUUAGAUGUCACUGCAAGUAAAAAUGUGUUACAUGCUCUGUGAUUUGUGACUUGUCUUCACAAAAGGCAAAUGUGCUUUGAAAGCUGCUAAUUUACGCCUGUGUCUUUCUGGGGCUAAACAAAAACAUGUUCAGAAGUUGGCCUGUAUGAAACCAACAGCUUCCAUGUUAAGUCCAGUGUCCUGUUUCUUGGUGUUUUCUAAAGCUCUGGGGAUGAUCUAAAUGCCUCUUUCUCUUCUAAAGCUUCGUCUCUUUUCAACCAUUUUGAGGCUUUAUACUCUCUUUAGAGAGCCCUACACCAGCCCUCAUGGAAUCCCGGUUGUGGGGAAGGUGGGGGAGGGGCAGGAGAGAAGAGAAAGGAAUACAGAAAUACACCUGGCCAGUUAAGAAAAAGGAAUAUAUAUGCCAGUCCAGGAAGACCAGCAUUCUAUUUAUUUAAGUUUGUAUGUGCUCCAGUAAUGUCCAAAAAAGGUUCUUCUUUUCAGGCAGUACUGUGGGUGACGCAUUUCCUAAAAGUCUUUUACACUGGUAGAAACUCUUUAAAAUGCUCUGAGUUGUGUAUUUUCUUUAUAAACACUUUUCUCUGCUAGGGUAUUAGGUCCUGGGUUGUUGUUGUUUUUUUCUUUUAAAGGGUCAAGGAUGAUAGAUGGUAUUCUCCCAUCUUUAUAUGUCCCUAAGACAAGUCAGUGCUGGGCCCUUUCUUUGCCUCGUUGUAGCUGAAACAUCAUUGGACCCAUCACCAGUCAGGUGAGAAUAUGUACAACCAAGGCACUAAGUGAUCACUGGUCAGACGCAUGUCUCUGAUCCCACCUAACAUGCAGUUGGCCACAUUGAUACACAUAAAGUAUCUCCAUGUCUUCACCUAACUCACAUUUGUAGACGGUUAUUUUUGUAUUUUGUGAGUGCUGGUGGGAAUGUAGAGCAUAUAUCCUAGUUCUGGAAUAGAGCAUGUUCUGUAUUCUAGUUAAUGGUGCCUUAGGCUUAUAAAGAGCUAACAAGUUUAGUCAUUUUGGAAUGUAACUUAUAGUAAGAGUAUUUGUAUAUGUAUAUGUGUUUACUUUAUAACUAGUAUCUGGCCUUACAGGUCAUUUGGGCAUUCAGAUGAGAAUGUAUCCAAGAUUUAAAAACUCCUUCAGUGAUAGACCUUUAACUUUGAUAGUGUCCAUCUAAGUGCCAUGUGGACUUUAGGACAUGUUAAGCCAAACCAGAGAUACAAACCAACGUGAUGGUGAAGAAAUUGGCCUUUUCCCUUGGAUGUAUUGAUCAGGCAGCUUUAGAAGUAGGCUUCAAAUAUAUGACCAGUGUUAUCUAUAAUGUGUUCAUGUUAGCUGCAUAUCUGCAUGGACAUUCUGCAACUGAUGUAUAAAUGAGAAUCCAAGCUGCAUAUGUUCUUUGAGAAGCUAACUUUUCAUUAGCCCCACAUUUAUAGAAUGACAUUGUCACAGUAGCUCAAGUCUGAACUUGCCAAGGUACAACAGUGUGUAUGGUUGACUUUAAACUUCCUGUUGUGUAUUAUUUUGAUCCUGCAAUACCACUGGGAUAUGGGUGUAUGACCACAUCAGGAUGUUCACUGCCAUAUGUUUAGUGCCAAAUUUCUCACUAGCUCCGUUCUGCAAUUGUGUUCCAGUUUGAAGAUAUUUGAUCAAUAACAGUUUGUUUUGUUUUUUGUGGGGUUUUUUUUGU